AUGGGGGCCCGUGCGCCGGAGUCUAAGCGACCACCGGUCUGGGACUGCGGCAGCAACCUCUACGACUCCUUCGAGCUGAAAUCAUUCGAGCGGCGGCUGGACUCAGCCAUCUCCUCGAGGUCGUACUCCAUGCCGCACGAUCGGUACGUCCCCUUACCCCACCGAAGCACGCAGCCGAAGAAGCCCUCCGGUAACCCGAAGUCCAUCGUCCGGAAGCUCUUCCGGUCUUUCUUCCGGGUGAAACCCGCAGCCGAAGCGGGAUCAGACGGCUGGGGCCACGAAGGCGAUGCCUACCGCGGCUUGCACCCCGUCAACGGCGGCCUUCCCACGAUCCUGGAGUCCCACGAGAAGGACUUGGGCUCACCGGCGGUGGGAAAGUCUGUUUCAGACCGCUUCACGACCACCGCUGCCCGGAUCUCGUGUUCUUGA